AUGAAUCUCACAGCAGUUGAAGAAGAGGAGUCCUGCACCCAGCCCUCCAACUUCUCCUGUUUUGAAACAGCGUCACUAACAGCAGUGGAUGUGCUGAUGUAUUCGGCUGCAGCUGCAGUUGUGUUACUGACAGUGUGUGGAAACCUGCUGGUGAUCAUCUCCAUCUGCCACUUCAGGCAGCUCCACACACCAACCAACCUCCUCCUCCUCUCUCUGGCUGUGGCUGACCUUCUAGUCGGAGUGCUCGUGAUGCCUUUCCAUUUUUCUACAUUGAUACAAUCGUACUGGUGCUUUGGUGCGGUGUUUUGCUUAAUAUGGAAUUUAGCCUCCUUUCACCUGUCGUGUGUGUCAGUUUAUAAUGUUACUUUCAUUGCUAUGGACCGCUAUUUUGCUCUGUCCAAUCCUUUUCUCUACGCCACCAAAAUCACUGUCAGGGUAACUCUGAUGAUAACAUCAAUAUUCUGGCUGUAUUCGUUAUUCUACAACUUUGCUCUUCUUUAUUUCAACGGGAACAUCAUUGACGUCAAAGAAAAUGUCGCAUGUGCUGGACAGUGUUCUGCAACAAUCGAUGAAGUAUGGGCUACUGUUGAUUUUGUAACAGUAUUUAUACUGCCAUGCUUGAUAAUGUUAAUGUUGUACCUGAAAAUUUUUGCUAUUGCUAAGUAUCACGCAAACGCCAUUAGAUGCACCAGAAAACAGCAGCAGGCAGAGUGCACACAAAAAAGCAAUCAUUCCACGGCAUCCGAGAGAAAAGCAGCAAAGAGAGCGGCGAUUCUAAUUUUAGUGUUCUUUCUCUGUUUGGUACCUUACUACAUCACUGUUUUCCUUUCGCUAUAUAUUAGGAAAGCAUCUGCAUAUGUCGCGAUUACAGCUACAUUGAUUCUCGUGAAUAUGAAUUCAUCCUUGAAUCCUCUUAUUUAUGCUCUGUUUUAUACAUGGUUUCAGAAGUGUGUUAAACUCAUUGUCACACUCCAGAUACGUAGCGCAAACUCCUCACUGACAGACGUGCUCUCACGGGGCAAUUAA